ACCUGCAUAUGGGCCUCCGUCGGUGGGUCUGUGUUCACCAACAACAGGACAGGGAACUUUAGCAGUGACUACAGCAAGGAGCAAGACGACAAAACAGGUAGGCCUGUUUCCAAGAACAGGCAGAAUAUUGUAUGAUGUUUCAAAUAGCCUAUGUAUUCAAUAUAUUUGUUACUCUGAAAUGUAUUUGAAGAAGUAUUUUAGGAAAGUAUUUCGCAUACUUUUGGAGAGUGUUCAGGAAAGCAUUUAUAUACUUCAAAUGUAUAUACUUCAAAUAUACAUUGUUUUAUGGUCAAUCUAUCUCUUUGUUUCUAUAUUCCAAUCAAUGAGUUGUUGUCCCACCUUCCCCUUCAGAUGCUCCUCUACUUCAACAUAUUCUAGUUCCCAUGCUGGUAGGUCUCUGCUGUUGUCAUGUUGGAUCACAAGGUGGCUUCUUCCUACUGACUUCACAGAGGUUGCCUCAAGGUUCCACAAUGCUUUGUUUAUUAUUUAUAGCAUACCCAAAUCAAUAAUGCAUUAUUUGUCUUUCUUGUCAUAGUUGUAUUACCUGCCUGGGUACUACCAAGCUCUCCUUGUGACUGGAGUGGUUCUGCUUACCAUCUGUGAAAUCACCAGGCUCUAUCUGGGCUAUAUCGGCACCCUCAAAGAG